AUGAAACCGGCUAAAAAGCUCAGAAAGAGUGCAUUUGGCUCUGAUGGUGAUUCCAGUGAUGGGGAAAGUGGAAAAGAUGAAAAAUCGUAUAUAAAAAGGGCGCAGAAGCGAGCUUUUGGGAAGAUGAAGCUUGAGGAGCAGAAAAAUAAGAAGUUGUACGAUUAUGACACAUUUGCCGACAAAAUGGAGAGAAAAAGGGCAAAUAAGCAGGAGGAAGAGAAGAAGAUUAAACGGCAUAACAUAUUUCAAGGCAUGAGGCAGGCGAAGAAACGAAAGGAACUGGAAAAAAUGCAGAGACUUGAGGAAAGAAACGAGAUGAAGAGUAGAGCAUCCGAAGAACGAGCAAUUGCUGGCGAAAAGAUGGUUUUUGAGAGUGAAAAAUACAAGAAAAUGAAAAUUGAGAGAGGCAAACUGAUACAUGAAGCAGCAGAGGAAAGAAAGAAAGAUAGGGACACACAUAAAACAUUUGAGGGGCGACUUCUAGAUAUAUAUGCAGGAGAUCAGCUAGAAGUGGUAGAUAGCAUAGAUGAGGAUGAGAAGGAAGAAGUGCAAAGUGAAGUAAAGAGGGAAAAAACAAUGGAUAGUACUAAGAAUGGAUUGGAAAGGAAGAAAAUGCGGAUAAGCUUGAAGGGAGGGUUGAAUAUUAGACAUGAAGCGAGAGAAAAUGAACAUGAAGCGAGAGAAGAUAAACAUGAAAUGGAAGAAGAUAAAUAUGAUGCUGAGAAGUUGAGAGCGAAAAUAGUUAGGAUGAUGGAGAGUAAAGUGACAGCUGAAGAUUUGAAUGAUUACAGGAAGCGUUAUUAUGAGAGGAGGAUGAAAGCAGGCAAAGCAUAG